UGUCUGGGGAAAACGGUCGAUAAUUUCGGAAAAAAAAAAAGCAAAAAAAUUAUAUAUAUAUAUAUAUCUCUAAGAUCUGAUCUAACUAAUUUUCUAUAUAUAUACAUAUAUAUAUAUACAUUUUUUCGAUCACGUGUAUUUUAUAUCGCGUUGUUAUAAUCCUUGGAAAAUCUACUGAAACGCGCGAUUUUAUCGGCAAAUAAGUGUCACGUGUUUCUAUUCGAUAGAAAAGUUUCUUCGUGCAAUUAUUCUCCUUCCUUUUCUUUUUUUCUUUUUCCUUAUUUUUUUUUCCGAGUUCUCAAAACAGGAGACACCACCACUUCUCAAACAAUCGUUUCGUCCUUUCGUCGGAUACGAUUAUUAAUUACGAUCGUCGUUUUUGUCGUCGUCGUCAUUGUCAUCGUUGUGUAGUUGUGCGAUUUACGAGAAAGAGAGAGAGAGAAAGAGAGAGAGAGAGAGAGAGAGAGAGAGAGAAAAAUAAAGUAAAAGGAAAAGAAAAAUCGUGUAAAAAUUAUGGGUCAAUCGAUUAACGGAGCUGUUAUCAAUAAUAGUUACCGUGGAUUUAAAAUAUGUCAUCCACGCAUAUUCAAAUUGUAAAGUGGAGCUUUCCUGCUUUUGCUUUGCUCAUUGGCCUUCUCUGGUACAAACGAAGACGCGUAGACCGAGCUGAUCCUGGUGGAAUUAGCACGUUAAACGUGAAAGAGACUAACAAUGAUGUAAAUACUAAGUUAUAUAGUAUUCCUUCAAAUGAAGACUUAAAUCUCUCUGAUUCUGGUAUACAUGCCAAUGAUUCUUUCUCAAGUUUAUUCGUUAAAAGCAUAGAUGAACCCAUUGAUAAUACUGAAGAUAUUAGCGCAAAAGUAGAUAUUUCAAUUAGGAGAUCAGCCACGUCACCUAUUUCUGUGCCAUCAGCAAAAUCAUUAGAGGAUAAUCAAGAUUGGUAUAAGGACGUUGAAACAAUUUCAAAUAUGGAAAUACAAUUGGGAAGUAAUCCUAACAUUAGUAAUUUCGAUGUGAUAGCGAGAAGUAUGGGUGCAACUGCAUAUUCCAAUGAUACCUCUAAUGACAAAAAAAUAGAGAAAAUAUUCAAAGAUAUUCCUGAAGAAAAAGAAUCAAGUAAUGUCCAUGAAAUAACAUCAUCUUCUAUAGAUAAACAAGAGGAGAUAAAUCAUCCGUCUAUUUUCGGCGAAUCGAAGGAACAACUUCAAAAUUAUCCGGCAGAGGAAGAAAAUAAAAAUCAAACACAAGCAUUAUCCGAAAGAGAUUCUGCAAAUUAUAGUCCGGUUUCUGGAGUUUUAGAGGGAAGUGUUACGGAUGAAGCUAGAAGUGAAGGAAGUACAGAUAGUGGAAAAGGUGGAAGCAUCAAAGGACAAAUAAAAGAUGUUUCGUUAUAUUCUGUCUAUGAAUUUUGUAUAUGUCAGAAUUUAGUUGGUAGGCUUAUUGGCCGUCAUGGUAGUUUCUUACAAAACAUAUGUGCAAAAGCUGGCGUUCAUAUAAUGGUAAAACGUCAUCAUACAUUAAGAGAUCAAAAAAUCUGUGUUAUCCAAGGUUCAAUAGAAAACAUUACAAUUGCUUUGGAUAUUAUAAGGCAAAGAUUUCCAGAGAAAAAAUAUCCCUCUGUAACACUCGAACAAAUUUUGCCCGUGGUAAUACCAGAAGAAAUACCUGUACUUCCUGAAUUAACGCAAUUGUCUUUAGUCGAAGGGGUUAAUAACGAUGUUUUGGUGUGUCAUAUAUCAAAACCAAACAGAUUAUUUCUACAUAUUCCUACACACCCGACAUACCCUUCGUUACGACUUUUAGAUGCAAAUAUGACCCAACUAUACAAUUCUACGGAAUCGCCUAUGGUUACAGACGAACUUACAAAAGGAAUGAUCCUUGUUGCUAAUUGGUAUGACAGAUGGGUUAGAGUAUAUGUUGAAGAUCCAGAUCCACGUGGAGAAAUGACUUUAGUACGACUCGUUGACCAUGGUGGUUAUUGGACUUUCCGCAAUGCUAACAUGAGAAAAAUAAGGUCAGAUUUUCUUAGUCUACCUUUUCAAGCGAUUGAAGUAUUUCUCGCUAAUUUACAACCAAAAAAUGGUGAUUGGGAACAAGAGGCAUACAAUAUUGUUGGGCGGAUGUGUUCAGGAAUCAUUGGACAGGCCCAAAUUGUAGCCUAUAUUAAUACAAAUGUGUAUAUUAAUUUUUUCCUUAAUAUUCCAAAACACGGGGUGAUAUCUCUUGCCGAUGAAUUAAUAGCACGUGGAUACGCAGAAUCUGUAUCUUUAGAGUGCCUAGUAUCGGACGAAGAUACAGUUGUUGCUUCGUAGAAGCAUAAAUUAAUUAAGGAAAGCAUACACGUGCUAAUAAGAGUGUAUGGACAUAUGUGAUCGUAUGAUUGUGUUUGAUUAUUUGUGUGAGUGAAUUCAUUUAUAAGUAAAACUUACGAGAGAAACAUUAUUUUAAGUUUAAACAUCUAUAAAUGUAAUAUUUUUUUUUUCUCGUACAUACUUAAAAUAAUGGAUAUGCAUUCUUGUUUAUCUGACAUGAUUUUCUUUCAUGCUCAGCAACGAUGAUAAUGAAUCAGCACUUGUAAUACUCUAUUAUAACAUUUCAUAAUCGAUGAAUCCUACAGCAUUUCGUUACGACAAAAAAAAAAGAAAAAAGGAAAAAAGAAAAAAAAAAAAAGAAAAAAAAAAGAAAACUAACUUAUGAUCAUAAAAAUACUCGCAUUCAAAUUAUAAUACAUCUUUAUCAUACAGAUGCAUAUAAAAGUAAUUUUUCAUAUUCAAUUACAUUAAUGAAAUAUAGAAGUUUUAUGGUUGAAAAUUGCAAAUCUUCAAGGCACGUUUCAUAAUGAUGGUAAAACUUUUACAAAGAUUUCUUGCAAAUUUUAGAAAUCGAUUACAAUUUAAUAUAAAUAAAUAUAUAAAUGUAAGAAUAUCUUUAUGUCUAUCAUGAUUAUGAGAUAUUAUCUUAUUUCGUAAGAACCGAGAUAAUUAUGUGCUCAAUAGUCGAAUUAAAAAUUUAUUAUAUAAUAAUCAGUUUUACUAGUAAAAUUUUGUUAAAAUCUGUAUUAUAUAUAAGAUAUACAUAUUGCAAUUCUUUAUACAGCACUGAGAACAUUUAUAACAGAACAACUUCAUUUUCAUGUCAUUAUAUCUUUAGAUUAUACAAUUUAAAGACUGCUAUAUGAAAACAUACUUAAGAUUGUUCACGUUUGCUUUUUCUAUAAGCUGAUUCUAAUAUCAUCUUGUUUGUAUAUAGUGUAACAUUAUACCUUCAUAUAUAAAAUAUUUAUAAUGUAUCUAUUAUAUAAUAAUAAUGACGGAUAGAUGCCAGCUAAGUCUGUAUGUCAAUGGAAUGACAAAAUCAGAAUAGUUUAAUUUAUUCAUUUUAUAUUUUCCAAAAUAAGUGACGUUUUGUGGCAUUUCAAAGAAUUUAUCGAUUAUGACUUUUAUAUAUAUAUAUAUAUAUAUUUAGAUAAAAAGUUUGUACAAGAAAUCAUUAAUUUGUUGGAACAUAAUGAUUUCAUUGUUCUUCCUUUUUCUUCUUCUUUUUUUUCUUUUUGUUUUUUUUUUUUUUUUUUUUUUUUUUACAUCAUUAUAUAUAGAGUAAAAAUAAGUGCUAUCCUUAUAAGCGAGGACCGCUGUCAAAAAUUGCAUAAUUUUCAUUGCAAUAUACAAAAAAGUAAAUAAUAAUAAUAAUUUUGUCAAUUCAAUUGAUACAUUUUGUGAUUGUAUAAUUUUUUUUUUUUUCCUUUAAUGUCUCGUUACAAUCUCUGCGGAUUAUUCAUUAAUUAAGUUGUCUAAGUAGCUAUUAUGAAAAUACUAAAGACACAUAAUUAAGAAAUAAAAAUUUUUAUCAAUUAAAAUUUUUAAUUGUUAUAACGAUACGAUAUUUUCCAAAUUGAUUUAGUUAUAAUAAUUUUUCACAUAUUAUUGGUGUUUUGCGUUCUAUGACAUAUUAAACAAAUGGACUGCUGCACGAUAAAAAUCUGUAUAAAAAUAAAAAUGAAAAAAAAAAAGAAAGAAGGAAAAAGAAAAUUUAAGAAAAAGUUAAAAAAAAAAAGAAAAAAAAA